GAUGAAAUACGGGGUCACUAAGGUGACAGAUAACGCCUACAUCGAAACAACAACAGUUGACCGCAACUAAAUCAUGGCUGGCUACUGGUCCGGUGCAGUACUACUUUGUGUGUGUUUCACCUGCUUCCCAAUUACAGCCGAUGCCGAUGUCUUCAGUGUAGUUACCUUCCCAGACGGACGUUACGAGAUAAAGAUCAAUAAUGUCACGUGGUUGAGCAGCGCCCCAACAUUCUUCGUCAUCAACGACACGCGCUUCUCCGCCGAUGAUGGCAGCCUCGUUCUCGACAGUAUCAACACUACCAUAUCCGGUACAGGCCAGUUCGGGGUCGAGGUCUCCAAGAACUUCCAUUACCGAGCUGGUGACGUUCCAGUCAUCACGAGUAUCGUCAUAUACGGGACAUCAAUCAUGUCCUUCAUAGUGUUGUAA